AUGCCCUUGAUCGAUGAGAUACAGGGCAUUCUUCCCGAGGAUUUGCCCGACGAUCUAUCAAGCUACUUACUUUUUGACAAAGUACGCUCUCGAUGGCUGAUUGACAAUCCAGAGGAGAAAGAGUGUUUUGAGUUUAAUCCCAUUUUGGAGCGUUGGGUACCUGUCAUGCAAAAUUAUCAGCCCGAGAAGAGGCCUCAUGAACAAGUAAGCACUUCUGAAGAUUUGAAACGCGAAAAACGCCAGCGUCUCGAAGAAUUGAAGCAAGAAAAAGAAGAAUUGAGGCAGUAUCGGAAAAGGAGAAACUCUUGCAUCUACGUUAGUCAGGUCCCCAAAGACAUCUCCUACGAGGAGCUGGAGGCAACUUUUGGUAAAUAUGGAGUCGUUGCACAGGAUUUGCGCACAGGAUCCUCCAAAAUCAAAAUGUAUAAAGACGAGGAAGACCACUUCAAAGGCGACUGUCUAAUAGAAUAUUUAAAGGAGGAGAGCUGUGAUCUCGCGAUUGAGCUGCUGGAUGAUACAAAGCUUCGACCUACAGAUGAAUUUCCCAUUCGAGUCUCGAAAGCUGAGUUCAGUUAUACCACAGAGCAGAAGCCUCGAGUAAAAAUGAAACCUAAGGAACGUUUACAACUGAAGAAGAAAAUUGAACGGAUACACAAAAAGGUGAACGAUUGGUCUGAUACGGAAGAAGAUGAUGAAACGAGGCGGUUGAGAGAAGAAAAAACGCUGAUUUUCAAGCACUGUUUCACGCUCAAAGAACUUGAAGACGAUCCGGCAGCAAUAUUAGAUAUCAAAGAGGAUAUACGAGAAGGAUGCGAGGAGAUUGGCGAAAUUACAAAUGUUGUCCUGUACGACCUCGAAGAGGAGGGUAUUGUCAGUGUUCGAUUCAAAUCUGCCACAGCUGCAAAUGAUUGCAUAGCCAAGAUCAACGGAAGAUACUUUGGAGGCCACAGAUUACAUGUGGAGAAAUAUGAUGGAGUAACACAGUACAAGAAAAGCGCAGGAGACGCUGCCGAGGGAGAUAGAUUGGAUAGGUUUGCACAAUGGGUGGAAGGUCAAUAG